AUGAAAAGAAGAUAUGACCAAAUUAGCAAUGAUGAACCUCCUUUGCAGGAUGGGGAAGGCCAAUAUCAGGCAAAGAGAGUUCAUUUUGAAGAUAGCGAAAGGGAAAUUCUGAGAGUCACUGAUCUUGUUGAUAAGGAGAGUGGAGAUUGGGUCCAGGCUUUGAUCGACAUUUUGGAGGAGCAAGAAAAUGGAGACAGAGAGGAUAAAAAGAGGGCUAAAAGUCAAGAUUGGAGAUCAAAUAAAACUGAAGAUUAUGAAAUAACUCUGGAGCCUCCUUGACCACACAACACCUUAAAUGGCUCCAAAAAUUUAGAAGAGUGUAAAUGUCCUUCUCAAAAAGGAUUUCAUAAAACUGCUUUAAACACAUCUUUAAUUUUGUUAACUUACUCAAAUUUCAAAACACUCCUUGAGAGAUCUGUUUCAAAGCAAGUUUUCCCUUAAUCUUCUAGUUCUUCAAGGUCAUCCCUAAGAUUGUUUCAAAAGCCAUCAAAAAUCCCUUUAUUCGGACUCAAACGCUCUGCUCCUUCAUCGAAUUGAAACCCUCCUUGACUGACUUCAUUCCUGCUUUCACAAAUCUACAACUGCCUAUCCACCCUCUUCCAAACAACACCAAAGGAAGGGUGAUCAGCUUCUAUAUCUCAGAUCCUCCUCUCUGAUUCUGAACAGCCACUGCCACAAAUCAGUGAUUACUUGCCCACAAAGUUAGUGAAAACUCUUGUG